UGUUGAACCACAUCGUCCUUCCCUUCUCCCUCAACUGCUUUUCUAGUGGCACUCAUCUAACCCCGGUUGCCUUACGCACGUUUCUCACGGGAACAUAGCAUCAAGGACACCUUCUACUGCCAGUGGUACUUAUGAGUCAAUAUUCAGCUACAGCGUCAAAACAAUAUCAUUGACUCAUUAUUGUCUCAUGUCCAUGUCGAACGAUAACGAAUCAUCGAUAUCCAGCUCUCCUGAAGCAUCACCAUCACCACCACCUUCCGUUGCCGUGACGCCCCUGCCAAAACUUCAAAUCCUAUUUGCACUUCUGAUUCAAGGCGUCGAGCCAAUCACUGCAGGAGUUAUCUACCCGUUCAUCCCGGAGCUUAUCGAAAGGACUGGCGUAACGGGAGGGGACGAAACCAAGAUAGGGUAUUAUGCGGGGAUUAUAGAAUCCUUGUUCUUCCUCUCCGAAAGCCUGGUUGUCGCUAUAUGGGGCCGCGCAUCCGACUCGUAUGGGCGAAAGCCGGUCUUGCUCCUCGGACCACUUGGCCUCGCGUUCGCAAUGCUGGGGUUUGGGUUGUCAAAGACGUUUUGGCCCCUCGUAGUGUUCAGAUGCGCCCAGGGGAUGUUCAACGGAAACAUCGGGGUGUCUAAAACUGUUCUUGCGGAGCUGACGGACGAGACUAACAGGGUGGACGCGUUCGCCCUCAUCUCGGUUGCAUGGACAUCGGGCGCAACGUUAGGACCCGCUAUUGGAGGUAUGUUCGCCAAUCCCGCGACACGAUGGCCUGAUGUGUUCGGGAACUUGUGGCUCUUUAUCGACUAUCCGUACUUCCUGCCUUUGGCUAUUGCCGGCCUCCUUUCAUUGGUGGCGUUUGUCUUGGCAUUACUUGGGUUAAAGGAGACUCACCCGCACUUUAAAACGAAACGUGAUCGUGAUCGGAAAUCUGGAGAAAAUAGAGCUUUGCUUGCCGAAAACAAUACUGAAAACGGCUAUGGAACCGUAUCAACUGAGUCGGUCGCGACACGGCCUGAGGAUGGCCUCCCUCAACGGCCCUCGUAUCGGUCGCUUCUAACACCUGAACUCAAAAUCGCCUUCACCUGUCAAGGUUUCCUAGCUCUGUCAGACAUAAGCCAUGUGGUCCUCAUCCCCCUCAUCUACUCCGCUUCAACCAAGUUGGGAGGGCUAGGAUUUGCACCCUCACGUAUCGGAACGAUUCUAGGCGUUUUCAUGGUCUGCAAUGCUCUCAACUCAGUCACGUUGGGCAAGCGGCUAGUGAAAAAAUUCGGUGCUCGUACGAUGUUUAUUGUAGCAUACGCGAGUUUCUUGGGUGAUUUUUUGGGAUUGAUGAUAUUACGGGUGAUGGUCAGACGAGCGGGGCGUGUUACUACGGCUGUGUGGGUUGUUGUUGUCUUACAGCAGGCGAUGGCGUUGUUGGUUAGUACGGCUUACACUCCGUUGGCGAUUAUAUACGUGGAAAAUGCGCCGGCGGGUACACUUGGGACUGUGAACGGACUUGCACAGAUGAUCGCGUCUGGAACGAGAGCGGUUGGACCAGCGUUUGCGUCUUCUCUGUUCGCUCUGUCGUUGCAGUCGGGGCUUUUGGAUGGAUAUUUUGUGUAUGUUGUACUGAUGGGAGUCACUCUGCUUGGAUUGUGGUUUGCGUUUCGUCUUCCGCAUGCAAAAUAGGAGUUUUCGAACUUGUAAUUGCGAUUACCCCGCUUGCUUCGAGAAGUCCUUUCCC